AUGAUGUCAACUGGAUGUCUGGGUUUGAUUGUAAAAGGUCCCUCUGGUCCUCUGGUUGCUCCUCUGGGAUCUUCAGUGGUUUUGCCCUGUUCUGUUGAUCAACUUUUAUCAGUGGAGGAUCUGGAGGUGGAAUGGAAGAGAACAGACCCAGACACUUUAAUUCAUCUGUUUCAAGAUGGUGAGACUCAAACAGGGGUCCAACAGGAGGAUUAUCAGGACAGAGCUCAUUUCUUUACUGAAGAGAUUCAACAUGGAAACUUCUCCCUCCGGCUGGACAAUCUGAAAGCUGAAGAUGAGGGACAAUACACAUGUACAGUUCAGAGUCAGGAAGAGACUGGAGAAACGGUGGUUGAAAUAAAAGUUGAUGUUGAGCGUUUAAGCGUUUUAGGAUUGAGUCACUCCAUAUCUGCGUCUGUGGGUGAAGACGUCACUCUGAGCUGCUCUGUAGAUUCUCACAUCACACCUGAAGACUUUGAAGUUUCGUGGAUGAAAACAGAUGAAGAUGAAGAUAUUAUGGUUCUGCUGUACCAAAACAAUGAGGCUUCACCAGAGGCAUCAGUUGAGCGAUACAGAGACAGAGUUGAGUUCUUCACUGCUGAAAUCCCCAAAGGAAACUUCUCUCUCAGACUGAAGAGUGUCAGAACUGAGGAUAUAGGAGUUUACAUGUGUCAUGUGUUUGCUGGAGGACUUUCAGCCAAUACAACUGUAGAACUGGAGCGACUGGUCAGCUCAGGAGAGCAGGAGAUGGUGGAUGAAGUCGAAGAGAUUGUUGAGUCCUCUUGGCCUGCCUGCUCAGCAUACGAGGAGCUGCUGGAGGUUAUGGCCUGUGCUACAGAGAGAUUAGAUCUCCCCUUGAAGCACAAGAGAUCUGAGAUCACUCAUAGCAGGAUAGACGAGUAA